AUGACCCAGACCGACCCUGGGUGGACUUCGACCAAGAAAUCGACGUCAGUAGGAAAAUUGCGACUUGAGACCGAGUCACUUUCAAGAUGGCAAUCACUGCAAAGGAACGCCUUCCAAGGGUCGCCUAUGACAGAAGAGGCAAGACUGAACGGUGCAAAGCCGGAGAAAAGGGACACUGUUAUGGUCGACCCCCGGGUUCCAAUGACUGAAAAGCUUGGCCUAGGCCCACGUCUAUGUCGAAAUGCUUGCUCGGAGGUGGCAUCUUUCGAUGUCAGACGGUACUAUGGCUGCAAUGAUGCCAUGGAUUCUGUUCUCGUUAUCGAUCUUCAGCUGGUACCGAGAGACCGUUUCUUCGACAAAGCGGUAGUCGAGGGCCAGGGCCAGGGCGUUUCAUCCAAUCUUCGGAUCGAUGAAGCGAUUGAAGGAGUAUUCACCAUCACCAGCGACCCCGAAAUAUGCCCUCCAGGUAUCUCCACUAGAUUCGCAUGGCGCUACAGAUCGAUAGCGGCCGGAACGGAGAUCGAUGACCUUCGGAACAAGGUGCUUAGUGCAUGGUUAGGUAGAGUUGUCAUUACCAUCACGGCCCAGAAGUACGGCUUGGAUGUAGUCCCUCGGCCUAGCUACCAAAGCGACCAGCAAUGCGCGACCUUAGAGUUGGCGGACACCCAGGGGAACGUAUAUUCACUUUCUCUCUUCAGGACAGGAGCUCGGUUAUACUACAACACAUUCUGGCCUGAUCCAAAUCAAGAACCCUUGUUUUUCGCACAUUUCCAGACACUGGGGCUCUCUCGAUGGAAAGAUGGGGUACUGCAGCCACGGAUGAGUCCGGCAGUAGCAGUACUACAGCCGCAGGAUUGGGCUACAAGCAGACCCAGCCAUGAAGAGAUCGGGUUUGAUGAAAGAGGUGAGGACGGGGCUACUGUCUUACCGUGCGGAUUGGAGAAGGGAAGGAGCGUAUAA